UGUUUCUUGUUUUCCAAGUUAUGAAAUCCCCCGAAAAACCCAAACCAACGCUAAGCAACGUCCCUGCUGAGCUCACGACACCACCGAAUCGGAGAACGCGAGCGAGCAACGAGUAAAAAUCUGGCUUCGAGCCCAGACCCUCCAGUAACGUUAUUACAAGACUGUCUUCUCGGUAAUCGUAUCUUUUGAGGUUCUGUACCAUAAUAUCGCUCAUUUUUCCCGUCUCCGAGAGCGUCUAAAUAAUGAGAUUUUCCAGACUUGGCCGUUCAUUGUCACGGUCUUCUCGCUCCAGAAAUUUGUUGUGUGGUGGUGGUGGAGGGAGAUCGGCGAUCUUGAACGAAGAGCUUCUGCGAGUGUCACGUGUGAAUGAGUAUCUGGGUCGUGUGGAUGGGGGCUCUGGGUUUUUGAGGGGUUAUUUGACAACUACAGUUGGAGCUCACAGGGAGCUCGCCCCCAAGGCGUAUUUAUCCAAUUUGAACCACGUUCUUGCCAACCCUAGAUUACAUCGGCUUUUCUCGAGUGAAGCCCCAAAGAAAAAGAAUUAUGAGAACUUUUAUCCGAAGGAAAAGAAGGAAAUUCCAGAGGGGAACAAGCAAAAGUCCGAGUCAAAAGAUGACUCGAACACAGAUGAUCGUUGGAAUUUUCAAGAUGCUUUCAUAAAGCAAUUUCAGAAUUUCAUCACUCCUUUAGUUGUAAUUGGCCUAGUUCUUUCUUCCUUACCAUUUGGUUCUCGUGAACAGAAACAGCAGAUUAGUUUUCAAGAGUUCAAAAACAAGCUUCUGGAGCCAGGCUUGGUGGAUCAUAUAGUCGUUUCUAAUAAAUCAGUUGCGAAAGUUUAUGUAAGGAGUUCUCCACGCAAUCAAACGAGUGAUGAUAUUGUGGAGGGACCUACUAAUGGUACCCCUGCAAAAGGAAAGGGGGGGCAGUAUAAAUACUAUUUUAACAUUGGAAGUGUUGAAUCUUUUGAGGAGAAGCUGGAGGAAGCCCAGGAAGCAUUAGGGAUAGAUCCUCAUGAUCAUAUUCCUGUAACGUACAUGUCUGAAAUGGUUUGGUAUCAAGAAUUGAUGAGAUUUGGACCAACUGUCUUGCUUUUGGGUACCCUUUUGUUUAUGGGGCGGAGAAUGCAAGGUGGGCUGGGCGUUGGUGGUGGUGGUGGAAAGGGUGCCCGUGGGAUAUUUAACAUAGGAAAAGCCCACGUUACGAAAGUGGAUAAAAAUGCCAAGAAUAAGAUCUAUUUCAAAGAUGUUGCCGGAUGUGAUGAAGCAAAGCAAGAAAUCAUGGAAUUUGUGCACUUCCUAAAGAACCCUAAGAAGUAUGAGGAAUUGGGAGCAAAGAUUCCUAAAGGGGCUCUCUUGGUGGGCCCCCCAGGCACAGGAAAAACACUUCUAGCAAAAGCAACUGCGGGGGAAUCUGGUGUGCCUUUUCUCUCCAUAUCUGGUUCUGAUUUUAUGGAGAUGUUUGUUGGUGUUGGACCAUCUAGGGUGAGAAACUUGUUUCAAGAAGCAAGGCAGUGUGCUCCCAGUAUAGUUUUUAUUGAUGAGAUUGACGCAAUUGGUCGAGCAAGGGGGCGUGGGGGCUUUUCAGGUGCAAAUGAUGAGCGUGAAAGUACUCUAAAUCAGUUGCUGGUUGAAAUGGAUGGUUUUGGAACCACUUCUGGAGUUGUUGUGCUUGCUGGAACCAAUAGACCUGAUAUUUUAGACAAUGCUCUUUUGAGGCCUGGCCGAUUUGAUCGCCAAAUUACAAUUGAUAAACCUGAUAUUAAUGGCCGUGACCAGAUAUUUCAGAUCUACUUGAAAAAAAUUAAACUUGAUCAUGAGCCAUCGUAUUACUCUCAAAGGCUUGCAGCCCUCACACCUGGGUUUGCUGGAGCAGACAUUGCAAAUGUCUGUAACGAAGCUGCUCUAAUUGCUGCAAGGAAAGAGGGAACACAGGUCACAAUGGAGCAUUUUGAGGCAGCUAUAGAUAGGAUCAUUGGUGGUCUGGAGAAGAAGAAUAAGGUAAUUAGCAAGCUGGAGCGCCGAACUGUUGCCUAUCAUGAAUCAGGUCAUGCUGUUGCCGGAUGGUUCUUAGAACAUGCGGAACCCUUGUUGAAAGUAACAAUUGUGCCUCGUGGUACAGCAGCGCUUGGAUUUGCUCAAUAUGUUCCUAAUGAAAACCUUCUCAUGACUAAGGAGCAGCUUUUUGAUAUGACAUGCAUGACACUCGGUGGUCGGGCAGCUGAACAGGUGCUGUUGGGAAAGAUCUCGACGGGUGCCCAAAAUGAUCUGGAGAAGGUGACAAAGAUGACCUACGCACAAGUAGCUGUCUAUGGUUUUAGCGAGAAGGUGGGUCUCCUUUCAUUCCCUCAAAGGGAUGACACAAUGGAGAUGUCCAAGCCCUACAGCAGCAAGACCGCGGCAAUUAUUGAUGGUGAAGUGCGAGAGUGGGUGGGCAAGGCAUACGAACACACAGUCCAGCUUAUAGAGCAACACAAGGAGCAAGUGGCUCAAAUUGCGGAGCUGUUGCUCGAAAAGGAAGUUCUUCACCAAGACGACCUGCUUCAAGUUUUGGGCGAGCGGCCAUUCAAAUCAAGUGAGCUCACAAAUUAUGAUAGAUUUAAGCAAGGCUUUCAAGAGGAAGAUCAGAAGACUGUGGAGACGCCUGUUAAUGGUAGGCCUGAGGAGGAGGAUGGUUCUUCACCCCUAGAACCUCAAGUACUCCCUGCUUGAUUACUCUGGCUGUUCUAUCGUCUGUAAUUGUACAUGCAACGAAUUAUUUUUUCUCCAUUUUUCCUUGAUGUUGACAAAACUGUACAAGCAGUAUUUUAUUACUGCAGACUGCAGAGUUUCGUUAUUUGCUUCAAAUUUCACAUUGUGUUGAAUUUAUUUCUCCGAAUGGUCGGAAUUUAUGGAUUCGGUAUAGUGAUCUGUAUAGAGAAAAGAUAUUUGUAAUCGUGAA